AUGUCGGUGCCAUACCGGGGGCAAGCUCAGCCGCAGGACCAUCAGCAGCAGUAUCACGACUACGAUCCGUCACAGCAAUACGGCCAGGAUCCAGGCUAUGCUCACUACGCCGGGCAACCCUUCCAGCAACAGCAAGGCUACUAUCAACCGCCACAGCACUACCCCACAUCGAAUCCCUACGCAAAUCAUGGCCAGACAUCCUUCAGUCCGUACUCGCAACAUAUGCAGCGCGCUGCUCCCUCGUACCAUGCUCAAUCGCAAUCCUUCGCUUCACCGAAUGAUCUAGGCUACCAAACUGCACUCCCACAAGGCGGAUAUCUGGCGGGCAACGAGUAUGGCCCGCCGAGCCACGUCAUGCAGGGCUCUCUAUCGUCCGGUCACAGUCCGGGAUCCAGCACAGGCCGCUCGCGGCUCAGCACCCUCGUCUACCCGUCGCAAGGUCCGAGUCCAAGUCUAGAGUCGCAGGUCUCGCACCUCAGCCUUGUCGGGCCAACCGCGUCCUUACCUAGCAAGCCACUUCCCCACAGCACGAGCCAUGCAGCUGCUCGCCACUCUCAGUCGCUUCCUUCAAAUGCUCCUGUUACUGCUUCGGGCGAGCUUCGGUCUGGCAUCUCGCUCCGAUAUCCGCCAUUGCCUAGCGUUCCGGAACGAUGUACGACACCACCUUCGCUGCGGUCCGAGGCAGAUGCGGCGACCGAAGCUGGGACGGUGGACAAGUCGGUGCUGGACUACAUUUCGUCUCUCCGCUCCAUCAUCGAUGCCUACGAGAAGCGCGACGACCACCUACGCAUGCGAACGGAAGCUGUCGGGUUCCAGCCAAAACAAGCCUGGGCGGCGUGGGAGUCGGCAGGUGCAGAGAACAGCAGUCACGACACUGCCAGCGCAGCUUUACCACCAGCCAACGCCGUUCUCGGCGUGCGACUGCUUCAACGGCUGGACAAGCUCCAACGGGAGAACGACGAGCUCGGAGCACUGCUGACGUCUGGCGCGCGCAUCAAUGCUGAUGCCGCUGCCGGCACAGCAGAGACAGAGGAGCUGCGCAAAGAAGUGCACGACUGUCACCAGCUGAUCGAGGCUAUUGACAAAGCGUUGGUGGAGGCAGAAGGGCGGGCAUCAGCAUCAGAGAGAGCGCUCGAAGCUGCCUGUCGGACAAAUUCGACUGCCAUGGUGCCUGCCAAACCAGGGGCUACCUCGACAAAAGCUGCUGGCGCUGUUGCAGCUGCGACAGGCUCGGCGCAGGAAGCAAAGAAACCCUCCCCCAAACCCACAAACGCAUCUGCGGCCAGGAGAGGCUCCAAGCCUGUCAUCUCGUCGAGCAGUCCGAAUGCAGGAGCUGGCGGAAAAGUUGCUUACCAACAGCGCAACUCCAAGCCGAAUCAGCCGACUCCCAAGUCAGGCGGUGGCAGCGGUUCCAGUAGGACGACCCGGAACGAUAAGUCGGCUGCUCAGACGGCUGACGGCAAGACCGGCAAGACACCUUCACCUUCGGCCGUAACAAAAGGCAAAUGA